CAGAUAACUACGGACGCUCAAAAUUUGAAAUGUACCGUAACGUAUUUGUUUAUUUGUUAUUUGAUCCGUAGAAGCUUAGCGGAGAUUUUAGCCUUUUGUGGUGUACUGGUUUUCAGCCUUUUUACUUGUUUCUAUAGUUCUGUAAUGGUCCAAUGGUAUAUGGUUUAAAUUUAAGUGAAGGAUUUUACUACAAUGGAUGAAACUUUCACUCUAUUUGUAAGAUUGUGCAAAGAACAUGGCAUUAUUGCCCAGGAAUCGAUAAUUAACAGAUUGAGGGAGCUUUCUCAUGGGUCUGAGACUGUGCUGGACCUGUCAAAUCACACUUUAACAAUUGAAACAUGUGCUGUGCUUGGCAAAGUGAUUGCUCAUGACUUGGCAGUUACAAGUGUUUUACUUUCUGACUGCAUGUUGGAUGAAGAAGGGGCAAAGCUGCUGCUUGCAGGUUUAGCAGAAAAUACAGUUGUAAGAGUUCUUGAUUUACGCGGUAACAACUUAAGACAAGUUGCAACUGUUGCAAUUGGGAAUUUCUUAAAGAAAAAUCAGACGUUGGAAGCUCUGUUUCUUGAAUGGAACUCAAUUGGUAUUUGGGAGAGUUCAUUCCUUGUGUUUUGUGAAGGAUUAUCUUUCAAUUCAUCCCUACAACAUCUUGAUCCGAACAACAAAAUUGAUCACACUGGAGCAAAGGAGUUGGCAAUCAUGCUUCGAAACAAUAACACGCUUCAUACUCUUGAUCUCAGAUGGAAUAACUUAGGGUUGGUGGGAGGGAGGGCACUUGUUGAUGCUCUGCGUCAAAACACCAGCAUCGUUAAGAUUGAUGCAUCUGGCAACAACAUACCAAGGGAUGUAAUGACGAGUUUGGAAAAUGAAGCAAUUCACAACGAAGAUAAAGUUCGACUGUCCACCAACACUUAUGUGAAAACUAAAACUUUAUCAAAAGAGAUUGAUUUUCUUAAGUCCGAGAAUAAGCAGCAGUUGGUUCAGUUUUUAAAUGAAAUGGAAUUAAAGAAUAGCCAGAUGAAUGUUUGUAAUGAUUCGAACAAGAAAACAAUCAACCACCUGCAAGAAACAUUAGAUGAAAGAAAAUCAGCUUUAAAUGCAUUAAGAGCAAAAUUGGAUCUAAGUGAGACAUCACUACAACUCAGUGACGAAAAAUUAAAAGAUCAGACUUUACUUUUGGAAAUUUCACGCAAAGAAAACGUUGAAAUUUCCACCAAGUUUGAAAACCAAAUUAAACAGGAAAGAGAACAGAGAUCGCAACUAGAGAACAAACUGCACUACGAAUUAGAGGACACUCAAGAUAAAAUGAAUGAAUACCGAACAAAACUAAUUGAGGUGGAACGUAAAUACACGAUGCAGAGUGAUCAGGUUACUUCACUUAAACAACAAGUUGCAGAAUUAAAAUCGGAACAUAGCGUUGUUCUUCUUGAUUACGAUACACGGAUGGAAAAGGAAAGAAAGGCCUGGAAUGAAGAAAUGAAAUCUCUUAAAUCAACUCAUGCGAGUGAAGUGGUUGAGUUGAGAUCGAGAAUGGAGGAGAUUCGGAAAUCUGAGGAGGCGAGAAAUAGCAACAUGAGAAUGAGACAAGAUGCAUUGGCGAAUGAGUUGUCUGAACUCAAUGCAAAACUUGUACAAGAACGAAGUAACCAUGAUGAUGAAUUACGUCUGCAGAGAGCAAGGUUGAAGGAAGAAGAGCAAGCCCAGGCAAGUCAACUGCAGGAAAAAAUUCGCAGUUUGAUGAGUGAAAACUCUGAAAACCUAAAGCAGAUUUCACUUUCUUCAUCCAAACUGGAAGAGGCCCAUGCAACUAAAGUAGCAACUGAUAUAGAACUGGAUGGUGUAAGACGGAUAUUAAACACUGUGCAACGACAACUAUCAAACAAAGAUGCUGAUACUGAAGAAAAGAUUAAUCAUGGUCGCCAAGAAUUGAACAAAAGAAUUGAACAAUUGAUGCACGAUUCUACCCAAUGCAGUGUUCUUCGUGAAAAAGUCACUUGCUUGGAAAAAAGAUUAGCAGACCAGGCAGCUUCAAACAAAGACUCACUUCAGGAAAAAGAGAAAAUAAUUGAUCACCUCAAGGAGCAACUUCGAAUGACAAAAUCAGAAAUGGAGAGAGUAAAAGAGGAUGAACUAUUAAGAGCUACAUCCUUACAGAAUGCUAUUCUCUCAUAUGUACAAGGAGUAAAAAAGUCCAGUUCAACAACUAAUUUGUAAAGAUUAUACAUGUAAAUAGGUCCAAAGGUAAUGGGCCAACUCUGAUCCUAAGUCUUCUGGUGUGCUUUGCUAAACAAAAUCACCUUUUAGGAAAAGAGAUUUACAGCUUGCUGCACUAGAUACUUGAGAUAACAAUUUUAGGAUCUGUGUUAUCACAUUAUUACCACACCCAAAAUAUUACUUGGAGUCCUUGACCCUAUCGCCUUCUGUUAUAGGUAAUGUAUUUGUACCAACAGUUAGAUUGGUUUUUAAUUUCAUGUAUACUUUUUAUAUGCAUUUUAGUUUGUUAAAAUAUUUCUUAGUCUCACCGAUUAUUAAAGAAAAUAUUACAUGCAGUUUAAUGUUGACCAUUUAUUAAUUGAAUAUUUACAAAAUGUCAUUAUUGGUAAUUACACCAGGAAACAUAAUAAAGAAAAAGAGAUAAAACUUAUAUAAUAAAACACACAAAAAAAUGAAAUUUAUACACAAAAGAAUUACAAAAGCAGAGUCGAUUAAAUAUGUUGUAGCGACUUCCUACCUCCUAUUCAAUGUGCCAAUUUUGCUUUGAACAAUUCAGUAUUAGAUCACUCCAAAAAAAAAGAAUAAAUCAAUUAUUUCAGUAAUCUAAUCUUUAAUUUAAUAGAAAUAAAGAUGAUUAACAAUGUGUAUUAUUAUACAACAUAACCUUUAUUAAUCUAUUUUUUGUUUACAUUAAUUAAGCUUUUAGUAAUACACAAAAACGAAAAGUAACAGUAAAAUAACAUGCAUUAACACGCUUGCGCUUGAAACAGUAGUAUACAA